CGCCGAGCGCGGCCCCUCCGCGCCGCUGGCCGCGUGCAAGGAGGCUCUGCAUUGACGUCACAAUGACACGGUGAAGCUGAAGACAGGAGCUGGGAACAGUUCUUCUGCUUCACUUUUGAUAGUCGGGUGAAUUUGUCACCGCUCCCUUCCUUCCAGCAUGGCUAAGAGCGCAGAAGUGAAGCUGGCGAUUUUUGGUCGAGCUGGCGUGGGCAAGUCAGCUCUUGUUGUACGCUUCCUGACCAAACGGUUCAUCUGGGAGUAUGACCCGACACUAGAGUCUACAUAUCGUCACCAAGCUACCAUUGAUGAUGAAGUGGUUUCCAUGGAGAUACUAGAUACAGCUGGUCAGGAGGAUGCUAUUCAGAAAGAAGGACAUGUGCGAUGGGGUGAAGGCUUCGUGCUGGUUUAUGACAUCACGGACAGAGGCAGCUUUGAGGAAGUGCUGCCGCUUAAGAACUUGUUGGAUGAAGUUAAAAAACCCAAAAACGUCACCCUGAUCCUGGUGGGGAACAAAGCAGACUUGGAUCACUCCAGGCAGGUCAGCACAGAGGAAGGUGAAAAGCUGGCCACAGAACUAGCAUGUGCUUUUUAUGAGUGCUCUGCUUGCACAGGAGAGGGCAACAUUAUGGAGGCCUUCUAUGAGCUCUGUCGUGAGGUACGGCGUCGAAAGAUGGUCCAGGGCAAGACACGGAGACGAAGCUCCACCACCCACGUCAAGCAGGCAAUUAAUAAGAUGCUUACCAAAAUCAGCAGCUAAAAAGAGCUGUACUAAGCUAGAGAAGCAUUUUAGAGCAUAUUAGCUUGGAGUAGGGAUGAGGCAGGCAGAGCACAUUUAAUUAAAAAUGGUCAAAGCUUUGCAAUUAAAAUAAAUAGAAAAGACAAACCACACCACUUUUUUGAGUAACCUGGGGUCAGACUUUUUUCCUGUUUCGAAAUGUAUUUAGCCACACUGCUUCUGGCUAAUGUGGAAAAAAAAAAAAAAAAGAAAAAGAAAAAAAGCAAACUCCAAAGGACCAGAUGAUUGUGGGGAUUGGCACUGACAGAGCAUCUUCUGCUUCUACAAGGCUGGCUCCAAUCCCCUGCAAGUCAGUAGUGCCUAAACAUCAUUUCUGGCCAGCCAGCUGCUCAGUAGCCAUUGGAGAUUAAGAUUCAGCCCUCAGUCCAUCAACAACCAUCACAACCAGUGUUCUCAAGGACUGAAUACAUGUAGAGGCUGCUGUGUUGUACCAGAAAGUUCAUCUGACACCUUUCACCAGCUCUAAAUUGGUGCAUUGUGUGCUUUUACUCCAAACUGUCCUUCCUUGUUGUUAUUUUUGUCAAAUCUAUGAAUGCUGAUGUUCUUAGCAACGUACGCAAAAAAUAUAGGAAAGGUCUAUUUCAUGGAGUGUUUAGCCAGCAAGACACACAUUUCAACAGAGCUGAAGUUCAGCUGCUUUUCCAGAUCCUCUGAAACUGCAGAAUUCAUCAAGAAAUAAUCAGCUAGUCCAGUGGCAUUUCAGCAUUUCCCCCUGAAAGUGCAGUACUGUGCUUGGGGAAAUGGAGUGUAUGUGUUGGGAAAUCAAACUAAAAAAAUAACCAUAUUACUAUUGAUUUAGUUAUGGGUAGCUUUUAGCUUUUGUUUGCAUUUUUGUUUUGGUCUCUUACUUUACCUUACACCGAAGAAGAACUGAAUCCAUGGGAAGGCAAGCAUUUAAAGUCUAAGCCCAAAUGUAUAUCAGAUGUGAAUGGCCUCCACCAUAUCAAAAGGCCAUAAUUUCCAGUUGUUUAAACUUCCAGAUGUUGCUUGAAGCACUCUGUGGUUUAAACCAGCACAGGUUUUUUUGUGACUCUUAUCUGGCACAUUGAAGUGAAAGUGCAUUUUAUCAGAUUUUUAUGCCUGCGCUAAAAAGUGUCCAGUUUUUUCUCCUCCUUCCUCCUCCCUCAUACAUCUCAUUUAAGCCAGCUGUCAAGUUUUGCCUCCGGUCUACUUGGUUUGUUAACUGUAUGCUAAGAGAUGCAAGAAUGCAGACUGGAAGAUUUUCAUUCAGAUUGUGCUGGUGUCCCACCAGUUGUGUUGCAUCCCUUUAGACAGCAUGGUGUGCAGCUCAGACUGGCAUCAUGUAGAACCACAGCCAAAGGUUGGAAUGACAAAUGGGAAUUUUAGCAGUAUUCUUUUUUGAGGAACAGCCCACUUGUAGCAAGUAGUUACAACUUCAUUCUCCACUGCUUUGUACUUCAUAUAGUUAUUUGCCUUUCUGAGGAAGUAACACCAAAAGGCUAUCAAACACAAAUUACCACAGAUGUAGGAGAGUGAGGAUAUCUGGUUGACUAGCACUUUAUACAGUUAUAGGGAGCCAUAUAAGUGGUGGAACAGGCUGGAGAAUCAAGCCCUGUCAACAGAGAAAAGUCCCAAGUCAGGACUUUUUUCAAAAGGAUUGGCUUAAAGAUACUUUAUCACAGUACAUUUUUUUUAAACAUUCUCAUCUACCCAACCAGCAUCAAAGAUCAUCACAUUCAGAUGUGUAUUUUAUUUGUGCUGCUGUUUGUUUUCUCUGUUUCCACUAUUCUAGAUAGUGAAAACUCAUUUCACUCUUCUGGAAUCAAUGUCUAUAUUUUGGUCCUCAUAUUCAGGUAUGUUGCCAUACAUCAGCUAGACACACUGCAAUGGAAACCUCACUAUGUGCUUCUGGGCAGGGGGUUCCUGCAACAGGUGAUAUCACUAUCUCUGUGACACACCUGUUCCCAAACUAUUCAUUAUAUCACUAACUUUUGUAAAAAAAAAAAAAAAAAAAAUUAGUAAUGCAGAAUCAAUGAGUGUAAAAGAAAGAGCUAGUGCCUGUUCAUGCACCAGUAGUCAUUAGCUGAAAGUCUGAACUUGCAACCGUGUAUGUUGCAUUAGGAACCAGAGUGAGCACUUGCAAGUUGAGGACUAAGUCAUUCUGUUUUCUUUCAAAUCAGUGCUGUUGCACAAAUCUGAAGUAAACAGAAUCCUUACCUGCAAUCCCAUGGCAACGUAGCUGAGAGGAAAGUCUUUAUAUUGGUAUGCUAAGCAAUUGAUUUAUCCCUCUCUAAGACAACUUCAACAGUUCUUUUCUCCGAAAACCUUUCUUGGGGUUCAGACCUGAGCUGCAUUUAAAAUGCAAAAAGGUAAUAUAUGAAUGAUAAGAGAAAAUAAUCAUAUUCAUAUUAGUAUAGUUGAAAGGAAGGAGAGGCUAAGCUGUGGCCCUCAUACUUUCCAAAACAAUUCCAGAAAGUUAUAUCUUCUUUUAUAAUGUCUGCAUGGAGAAAUUACAAAAUCCUGGUGAAAGAAAAUGUUCCACUGUGCAAACAUGACUUGUUAUAUAAAGAACCUCUAAUAAAAAUAGUACCAUUCCUUUGCAAAGACUGAAUUUGGAAACUGCCAAACAUGAUAAACACCCGGUCAAAAAGGAGGCUGCUAUUUUGUGACCUUUCCUCCCACACAAACACAAAUUUUACUUAAUUGCUCAUUAAUUUUUUUUCCUCGGUGUAAUGGGCUGCUUGUCAAGCCAGUUAUAGUAUAUUAUAAUCUGUUGAUACAUAUUACAUACAUAGUAUUAAAUGCAAUCUGAUUUACUGUUGCUCACAAUCUUGCAACAUCUUAUUGGCUAUGCUAUAAAUGUGUCAUAUUUCUACAAUUUGCAAAUUGAGCCAAAAAGUGCCCAAGCAUUGAAAAGGCCAAAUGCAACAUGGACCCACAUUCGGUAGCCUUUCUGCAGCAGACAUCAACAGUUUAAAUUCUGUUUCUACUGCUGCUAUUUAAAUGUACAUGUAUGACACUAACAUUAAAUUUCUCUCCUCUGCCCAUUGUCAUUUCUGCAGAGAGAGGAUGGGAAGGACAAUAAACAAAAAGGGGGAGGAAAGGUGAAAUGGAUACUUGUUACCUACAACAAGUUGAUUGUCAUUUAUGAAGUUUUUAAAUAUUUAUCUUCAAUUGAUGAAGAGUUAGUCAUGCCCAUGCUGCAAGACCUGGAUCAGGAACCAAGACUUCCCUAGAACUUUGAGAAUCUUCAUAUCUGGGGGUUCGGUGCAACCACGGAUGGAAGUGAGGAUCAGCCACUGGGUUUGCACCUGGAUCCAGACAAGUUGUCCCCAAACCUGGGGAUAGUUGCAUCUGGCAGUUUGCUAUAAGGCUAGUUGAUUUUUAUAUAUAUAAUGAUCUGUAUGCAUUUUUACAUUCAAAAUAUGAAAGCUUGUGCUUGUAGAUAAUAUAUAAGAAAAAAAUAAAAAUAAAAAUAAAAAAAAUAGUGCGCUCUGUA